UCAAGGAGGUUAGGGGGUUUCUCCCUGGGCCCCAGGAAAUGUGCCCCAGGAAAUGUGCCCCCUCUUUUGGCGGUGAUGGUGGCCGGUCAUUUGCACUUCCUUGUUUUCUGUCUCUUCCCAGUUCCUGGCCCAGCUGAUGGUGUUUCUGAUUAAUUUCAUAAGCUCUGUGUUUUGCGGCCACUUGGGGAAGCUGGAGUUGGAUGCUGUCACACUGGCAAUUGCGGUUAUCAACAUCACUGGCAUUUCAGUGGGAUUGGGCUUAUCUUCUGCUUGUGACACCCUCAUCUCGCAGACUUUUGGGAGCCGGAACCUGAAGCAUGUGGGCAUCAUCCUGCAGAGGGGUGCACUCAUCCUGCUCCUCUCCUGCUUCCCCUGCUGGGCGCUCUUCCUCAACACCGAGCUGAUGCUCCUGCUCUUCCGGCAGGACCCGGCUGUGUCCAGGCUUACCCAGACCUAUGUCAUGAUCUUCAUUCCAGCUCUUCCUGCGACCUUUCUUUAUACAUUACAAGUAAAAUAUUUGCUCAACCAGGGAAUCAUACUGCCCCAGAUCAUAACUGGAGUUGCAGCCAACCUCAUUAAUGCCCUCACCAACUAUCUGUUUCUCCAUCAACUGAACCUCGGGGUGAUGGGCUCUGCACUGGCAAAUACUAUUUCCCAGUUUAUGCUGGCUCUCCUCCUCUUUCUCUGCAUUUUCUGGAGAAAAUUACAUCAAGCUACAUGGGGAGGUAAGGAAUUCUUUUAUCUUUGCACUUGGAUAUUUGUCUUGUUGAGUUCCAGCCAGGUGCCUAGACAUAUUGGUAAAUGGACUGUGUCUGUUCUGGCUGCAGGGUGGUCCUUUGAGUGUCUCGAGGACUGGGGGUCCUUUCUCCGCCUGGCCAUCCCCAGCAUGCUCAUGCUCUGCAUUGAAUGGUGGGCCUAUGAGAUCGGGAGCUUCCUGAGCGGUAUCAUUGGCAUGGUGGAGCUGGGAGCACAGUCUGUUGUGUAUGAACUGGCCAUCGUUGUAUAUAUGAUACCUACAGGCUUCAGCGUGGCUGCCAGUGUCCGGGUUGGAAACGCACUGGGUGCUGGGAACAUUGAGCAGGCAAAGAAGUCGUCUGCUGUUGCCAUGCUGAUCACAGAGCUCUUUGCUGUCGUCUUUUGGAUCCUGCUGUCAAGCAGUAAGGAUAUUGUGGGGUACAUUUUCACUACCGACAGGGAAAUUAUUGCUUUGGUGGCUCAGGUGGUUCCAAUUUAUGCUGCUUCCCACCUCUUUGAUGCUCUUGCUUGCACAUGUGGUGGAAUUCUGAGGGGAAGCGGGAAUCAGAAGAUUGGAGCCAUUGUUAAUGCCAUUGGAUAUUAUGUGAUUGGCCUCCCUAUUGGGAUUUCACUGAUGUUUGCAGCCAAACUGGGAGUGAUAGGUCUGUGGUCAGGGAUCAUUAUCUGUGCAGUCUCCCAAGCUGUGUGUUUUCUAGGCUUUAUUGCUCGGCUAAAUUGGAAGAAAGCCUGUGAACAGGCUCAAGUACAUGCCAAUUUGAGACUAAAAAUGGCCCCAGAUGGGAAUUCUGCUGUGUCUCAGGAUCUACUUUAUCCAGAGGACCCUGAAAACCAUGGAAGAAUUUUAAUGAGAGAUGUUGAAAAAAAAGAUGAGACUCAGUUGGAUGAGCAGAUGCACCCAGAAGAUCCCCUCUCCGCUCACCCAAAGAAUAGGACUCAGUUGUCCAUGAAGCAGCUGAUCCUUCGGCGAGGGCUCCUGCUCCUGACAGUCAUUUUAGUCUUGCUCGUGGGGAUUUUAGUGAGAUUAUAUGUCAGAAUUCAGUGAUGUGGCAGGAGAGAGAUACAAUCAGGUCACGUGAUACUUCUGAGCUUACAAAUAAUUCAGAAGCCCAGGAGUGGUAAUUCAUACUGAGUUAAUAUAAUUCGGCUGUGCCUCUGGAUUUCAAGACCUGAGAAUUCAGAGAUAUAUUUUCCUAAUGAAGAAAAGGAGCUGAAAUAAAAAAUAUAUUAUGGUCAAGAUAAUGUCUAAAAGUACAUUUGAAUAAUAAUUCACCCACCAAGUAGCUCAACAUUAAGACCGCUGCUAUUAAUUUUUUUAUGGAGAUGAAAUUCACGUCACCUCAAUCAAAUUAACCAUUUUAAUGCUUACUGUGUUUUUUUAGAUAAAAACUCAUGUACCAAGUGCUUAGGCUUUUUAAAGUCUGAAUUAUUUAAAAAAUAUUUUACAAUGUAUCUUUCUUGUGUCUUAGAUUAUUAUUCAGCAGGUACACGGCAUUUAUCACUAUUUAUUAGGGUCUAGGUCCUAGGUACUGUGGGCCUUGGGAAUGCAGAAGAAACUGAAGAGGGGAAGACAAAUCAUUAAGGAGAAAGGAGUCAGAUGGCAUUGUUUCACAUGUUUCUUGUUAACGGCUUGUCUUAAAAUCUGUUUGGACAAACUUGGAUUGGCAGAGGCAAGGAGAGAGGGAACCAUAUGCCAAGGCCCCAUGGGAGUGUGCACUUCAUUUUUCCAGAGUAGUGGGAACUCCACAGCAAAAGAUAAGGGGCUUGAAGGGCUCACCCAGCCAAACUAGAGGAAGAAGUCAGACCCUUUCUUAUUCUGAUAGAAGGUUGUUGUUAGGUGCUUUCAAGUUGGCUCUGACUCAUAGUGACCUUGUAUAUAACCGAAGGAAAAAGUUGUCUGGUCCUGUGCCAUCCUCACAAUCGUUGCUGUGUUGAUAGGACAGGUUAGAAAGUUGGAAGGCAGUAGAAAUGAGAAGAGAAUGCCAGGAUAGGAGAAAAAAGAGGCUGGGGUACUGAGCAGACUCUGUUUAUCUUGUGUUAGGCUCUAUCCUUGUCUAAAAAAAAGGCAAAAGCUUUUAGUAGCAGACAUGGCAUAUCCAAAAGUCUUUGUUACGUCCCAGUCUCAGAAAGCUCAGGAUUUUUUGAAUAAAUGUUCCCUUCACCUCAGCCUCAGAAAAUUAUUCUGAGGCCUUUGAGCUGGGAUGAUCUGGGACUCUGUAAGGAAGGGGUGGUGGUGUCAGAGCCUGACCAAAUUUUAAUAAUGGUUCUUGGGUGGUACAAACAUUUUGCUCUUGGCUACCAACCUACAGGUUGGCAGUUCAAACCCACCCAGUGGUGUGGCAGAAGAAAGGCCUGGUGAUCUGCUUCUGUAAAGAUUACAGCCAAGAAAACCCCAUAGAGCAGU